GGAGCCGAAGGGGCGGGAGCGGAGCAAAGGCAUCGCAUUGAGCCAUGGCUCCUGGCGGGCAGGAAGUCCUCGCUUGGCCGGGCAGCCACUGAACCCGAGUCCGCCUCCGCUCCAGUCUGCCUCUCAAGGUCGGAGCAGAAAAAGAAGCAGCGCCAGCCAGCGGCAAAGCGGGAUCGCCCCGAUUGCAGCUCAUGCUGUUGAAUUUAAAUUGCAUGUCAUGGAUGACACUGCUUUAUCGCUUGGAGCUAUAGAUGUUUCUUACUCAUCGUCUUCAUCAGAGUGCACUGUCUCAAGAUGCAAGCAUGCCAGUGAAGAAUGGGGAGAAUGCAAUUCUAGACCAACUGUCUUCCGAUCAGCCACUUUAAAAUGGAAAGAGACCCUACUGGGCAGAAAUCGGCCAUUUGUGGGACGUUGUUGCUAUGCUUGCACUCCCCAAAGCUGGGAAAAACUGUUUAAUCCUAGUAUCCCUUCUUUGGGCCUUCGAAAUGUCAUAUAUAUUAAUGAAACACACACACGGCACAGAGGUUGGCUUGCCAGGCGACUUUGUUAUGUCCUUUUUGUGCAAGAAAGAGAUGUUCAUAAGGGAAUGUUUGCAAGUAAUGUGACUGAAAACGUUCUGAACAGCAGUAGAGUGCAGGAUGCUAUUAUGGAGGAGGCUUCAGAAAUGUCAGCCGUGAGUGGCACAGGUCAGGUGGACCCUAGAAACAUCAGUAAAGUCAAGAAGAAAGCUAGAAGGAUUCUUCAGGAAAUGGUAGCAAAUGUCUCUCCUGCUUUGAUCAGGUUAACAGGAUGGGUGUUAUUGAAAUUAUUUAACAGCUUUUUUUGGAAUAUCCAGAUUCAUAAAGGCCAACUGGAGAUGGUGAAAGCAGCAACGGAGCAAAAUUUGCCUCUUAUCUUUCUACCAGUUCACAAAUCUCAUAUAGAUUACCUCCUUCUCACCUUCAUCCUUUUCUGCCAUAACAUCAAAGCACCCUACAUUGCUGCAGGGAAUAAUCUGAGUAUCCCCAUUUUCAGCACAUUGAUCCGCAAACUUGGAGGAUUUUUUAUUCGGAGGAGGCUGGAUGAAAGGCCUGAUGGACGCAAAGACAAUCUGUACAGAGCCUUGCUGUAUGUGCAUGUUCAAGAAUUGCUCCGACAGCAACAGUUCUUAGAGAUAUUCCUGGAGGGCACACGGUCUCGGAGCGGGAAGACAUCCUGCGCAAGGGCAGGACUCUUAUCAGUGGUGGUGGAUGCUCUCUGUGUAAAUGCUACACCUGACAUAUUAAUUAUACCCGUGGGAAUAUCCUAUGAUAGAAUCAUUGAAGGUCACUACAAUAGCGAACAGCUGGGAAAGCCCAAGAAAGAUGAAAGCUUGUGGAGUAUAGCCAGAGGAGUCUUCCGAAUGCUACGGAAGAAUUAUGGAUGUGUUAGAGUUGAUUUUGCACAACCAUUUUCUUUAAAAGAAUAUUUAGAUGGCCAAAGCCAGAAACCCAUGCCUGUCCCUCCUCCAUUGGAGCAAACACUCUUACCAGCUAUUCUACCUUCAAAGCCUAAUUUUGUAGUACAAGAAGGUAGAGAAGUUGCACUUCCUGAUUCCCAGGAUACAUCCUGUGAACCAUUGAGAAGACAUUUGAUAUCUAACUUGGCACAGCACAUAAUGUACACUGCUAACAAGUCAUGUGCUGUGAUGUCAACACACAUUGUUGCGUGUUUGCUGCUCUACCGACACAGGCAGGGAACUGAUCUUUCCAAACUGGUAGAAGAUUUUUUCUCGAUGAAGGAAGAAGUCUUGGCUCGCGACUAUGACCUGGGGUUUUCAGGAAAUUCUGAAGAUGUUGUCAUGCACGCCAUCCAUUUGUUGGGAAACUGUGUAACUAUCACAAACACCGGUCGGAAUAAUGAUUUCUUCAUCGCUCCUAGCACAUCGGUCCCUAUAGUUUUUGAACUCAAUUUCUACAGCAAUGGGGUACUACAUGUCUUCUUCAAAGAGGCAAUAAUUGCUUGCAGUCUCCAUGCCAUCCAGAGUAAAAGGCAUAAGAAUGGCAUCAAUGGAAUCCCAGCCAACACAAUUAGUCAGGAGCAACUAGUCCGUAAAGCUGCUAGUCUGUGUUGUUUACUUUCUAAUGAAGGCACCUUUUCCUUGCCCUGCCAGCUGUUAUGUCAGGUGUGCCAUGAGACAAUUGAACAGUUCAUACAAUAUGGAAUUCUGUUGAUAGCCGAGCAGGAUGAACAGGAGGAUAUUAAUCCUAACCUUACAGAACAGCACUGGGAGAAGAAGAUCCCAGGUCCAUUGUCUUGGAGGAGUGAUGAGGAAGAUGAAGACAGUGACUUUGGUGAAGAACAACGGGAUUGCUACUUGAAGGUCAGCCAGUCACAGGAGCACCAGCAAUACAUUACCUUCCUCCAGAAGCUGCUAGGACCUUUACUGGAGGCAUACAGUGCGGCAGCCAUAUUUAUCCAUAAUUUUAGUGGUCCUGUCAGAGAAUCUGAGUACCUUCAAAAAUUACACAAAUAUUUAAUAAUGAGAACAGAGAAGAAUGUUGCUGUCUAUGCCGAAAGUGCCACCUAUUACCUUGCAAAAAAUGCAGUGAAAGUAUUCAAGGACAUGGGUGUGUUUAAGGAGACAAAAGAGAAGAGAGAGAGUGUGUUGGAACUAAGCAACACUUUUCUACCUCAUGGCAACAGGCAAAAACUACUAGAAUAUAUACUGGGUUUUGUUAUACUGUAGAACAGACUUCUCAUCAUCUGCCACCAAGAACUUGGGAGACUUUGGAGAAUGUGACAGAGAGCUUCAGGGCUUUUUUGCUGCUUCCUUAGUGUUUAUAGUGCCAUUUUGAUAAGGCCUUAUCUGACCCAAAUCACUGGAAGACAAGUGCCUUCUUAAAUAUGCAUGUCUGGAACUUUACGACUCCGUAACCAGUUAAACACUUACAACAUACUGGAUGCAAGCUAUUAAGCCAUGUUUGUGCAAAGCAAAAUAGAAAAAUACCCUAUUUUCCACAUGAAUCACGUUACAUAUUUGCACUGCAAAGUGUUAUGUUUAUGUCAAGACUAUUGACUGUGAGAAAUGCACAAACACCAUUACCAGCAAUCUGCAGUUUUGAGUAACAUGAAAUAAUUCCCUCUCAUAUGCAAACUCUCCAAAAGCCUUGUCAGCAAGAGCAACUCAUUCUUGCAGAUUAAUGUGUUUAGGAGAAUUGAUUGUAAUUGAUGGAAGGGGCAUUUCAUUCUUUUUCCUCAUAGAUUAUUGUGGGGACAUGCUAAAUAAAAAUAA